AUGAAAUUCCAAUGCCUGUUGGGCGAUAUGAGCUCACAUCUAAGGUUUGUUGAUGUGCCGCCCCUGCUAAAUGUUCAGGACUUUGAGUGCCAACACAGUGGGGCCGGAUCGCCAGUCGAGUGCAGCUUCAGUCAGCUGGGAGAUAGGUAUCUGUGGCAAAUCAGCACCUACUACUUGAGCAUGGAUAAUGGAGUAGCUCGGAAAUGUCGUGGAUCGGAACGGAUGAAGUGCAUCCCGGAAUUUGAACUGGAUUAUACCGCAAUUUUGGAGGAACUCAAUAUGAGACCUGCUUUUGAAUACACUGUUAACUUCAAUCACACUUUCACACUGGAACUGCACCUUUCAGAUAAUGUGCAGAAGCAAGAGAUCCGCUUGACACGGAUUCAAAUGGAAAUUCCACAUUGGCCACCUAGGUGGCCUGAGAUUAGCACGAAGUAUAACACAACCUGCGUUGAUUUUGGGUCGCAUGCGUGGGCUUGGGCUAGCUCUGCAUAUGAAUGGCGAGUAAAGCUACUUCCGCGGAAUUCAUUGAUAAAGGAGCAUGACGCCAAUGUGCUGCCCGAAAUAGAUGAUAUGAGACGAAGGCCAAAAUGUUUUGAGAUCCCUUCUUAUCGCAACCAGGCAUAUGAAGUGCGCAUGUGGCUUCGAUAUAACUACAGCGAAUCACCCUGGCCGACUGAGUAUUUUGUAUUCCACUUUUCAACUCAGCCCUCAAUUCCAGAGCAGCCGCCAAAGUUAGUAUCCACUGGAUUCUUUUUCGACUCCGUUGAAAGUGAUCUUUACGUCUUCUGGCAACAGCUGGACGAACUGGAGUUUUGUGGACCCAACUUCACUUAUAUCGUUCAAUCGAACAAUAGUAUUCCUAAAAGACCGUUUCUUUUGGGCAACAACUCCGCAGUUUUUCAUAAAUGGGAUGCCAAGGAGGCGGGCAGCGUUUCCGUCUGGAGCCAGAACUCUUUGGGGCGUUCGAUGAAUGGAUCAAUAAUCCGUGUUCCAAUUUUGACCAACUCUACGCGCCGUCAGCCCCAGAAGCUGUGGUACAAUCUCAAAUCUAAUACCAUGUUUUGGCAGCCACCGCAGGAAGUGAACGGGCUCAUUGGCUAUACAAUCUUCUGGUGCUCGGUCUCCAAAAACAGCUCUCAACUGUGUGCCGACCAGUCUUUAAAACAUCUCGAUCUUGAGAAAUCGCAGCUCGACUACCACUUCAAUGAGUCUAUGGCUGAAUACAAUAAAGCUGUGGCGGCGCAAUACAAAGACAAUUCUAGCGGUGGAAUGCUAUGGAUAGGUCCAAGCUGGGGGCUAUCGGGAAGAAUGCCAAGCUCAGUUGGUUUUGGAAUUAAGCACUAUACUGCGGUCUUAGUCGUACUAGCACUAAUUCCUUUUAUAUUCGUAUUCUUUCAGAAAAUUACGAAAGCUAUGGAUAUUAAUGUUAAUUUACCUGUUGGAAUACUUGAUCCUGUGGAAGAUUGGAAAAAACCGGAAGUCCUCAGACAUCCUCUGAAAUAGCUUUUCCUGGUAGCAUAUCCCCGAAAGCAUUAGUAAAUAUUAAAACAGUUUUAUUAGAAACUGACCCCCAUAGAAAUUAU